AUGAUCCAAGGCAUCUUCUAUGCUAGGUUCUUCCCCAAAGAGGGCCCACACAUCGUGGCCCAGUCGCCGCCAGGCUGCAUCACAGCCGCUCCCGGCGCGGUGACGACGAAGCCGCCGCUGAUCGACUGGGACGUAAUGCAGGAGUACAUCGUACCGCGCAAGGCCUUCUUCAACCGGUACAUGACGGUGCAGGACCCGGAGGGCAAGUACGCCGUGCUGGGCUUCCCCGUGCUGAUCCCGCACCAAAAGUACCAGCGCAACGAGUUCAUCUUCAACUUUGGGCUCGUGCUGGACGCCGACGCGGACCUAGCGCAGUACGAGCCCGUCGUGAGGCGGCUGGCCGUCACCUUUAAGGAGAUGGAGAAGCAAAACGAGUAUCUCAGCCAGGAGGACGGUGGUGGGAACAGCGGAGGGGACAGGAGGCCGAUUGAGAGCUUGCUGGAAAUUGUGAAGGAGGAUCUGAACAACUACGGCGAAUGCAUGAUCCCCGUCGACGAGGCGAACAGGAUCAACAUGAAGCUCUUCCCGCACCACGCCUGCCCGCCCCUGGUCCGGGGCUGGCACGUCCCCGUCGCCAAGAUGAAGUUCGCUGAGAUCGUCGACCAGACGUGGGACCUGACGAUGCAAAAGGUCGUCGCGCACGUUGACGGCGUCAACGACGUGCGUCGCAUCGCCUGGCUCGCCGACGUCUCGCUCGACCUCGCCACCCUUGCCUUGCGCCACCUGCUAUACUACGACACCAUCCUGCUGCUGGACAUGUUCUUCUUUGGCUCCUGCUACGCGCCCCGUCCUGGCAUCCACGACUUCGUCGCCAACCGCGAUGGCAUCGUCGACGAGUGCGCGGCCUACGUGUGCAUCCACGCUCGCCAGCGGGUCAGCAACUUCAUGCUUAUCAAGCUGAUGACGAGCUUCUGCGUGGGCAAAAGCGUCAUGGAGUGGCUGCGGGCGCACCAGGAGGCCGGGUUUGACGUGUUGCGCUACGUCGACGUGAGGAGGCUCGUGCAGUUCGGCGUCAUCAAAGGGUGCCUGUACCGCGUCCACAAGUACGUCGUCUCGAAGCAGUACCUGGCGGCACUGGUGACGGGCCAGGCGAGGCCCAGGGUCGGCGGCGAUCCGCUGCAGCAGUACACGGACGGGUGCCACUCGUUUGACCAGAUCAUCACGGAGAGGAACCUUACGGACGGUGAGAUUAUGGAGAAGCUUAAGAGCCUGCCGGUGCCAAGCGGGGACUUGACGGUGUUUUAUCGCUGA